AUGGAUAUUAAGAAAGCAUAUGAUUCGGUUGACUGGUUGGCCCUAAAACAAAUUCUGGCUGAAAUUGGAUUCCCUAGAAAGUUUAUAGGGUGGAUCAUGAAGGCUGUCACAACAGUUACCUACCAAUUCAAUAUUAAUGGGCACAGAACCAGGAAUUUGCAGGCUGCUAAAGGUUUGAGGCAAGGGGAUCCAAUAUCCCUAGGUGAUGCUAAGUCUGUUCAGCAGCUGAUGGGAAAAUUCAACAAUUUCUCUAAAGCCACAGGGUUAACUGUCAAUCCAGCAAAGUGUAGAGCUUUUUUUGGUGGUAUGACAAAUGAUGAGCAGAAAGGUAUUGAGGAUGUGACUGGUUUUAGUAGAGGAAAGCUGCCUUUUAGGUACCUAGGUAUUCCUUUGACGAGCAAGAAGCUUAGCUAUCAGCAUUGCCUUGAAUUAAGUGAAAAAAUUGGGGGUAGAAUGAGACAUUGGAGCUCCCAUCUCCUAAGCUAUGCUGGCAGACUACAGCUAAUUCAAAGUACCUUAUUUGGGGUUGCUAAUUACUGGACUCAGUGUAUACCCUUACCUAAAUGUGUUAUAAAAAAUGUUGGGUCUCUGUGUCGUACUUUCUUUUGGACAAGUAAAGGAGAAAAGACAAGGAAAUCCCUAGUUUCUUGGAGUAAUGUAUGUACUACUCAGCAAAAGGGUGGCUUAAACAUCGUAAAGCUGGAAGCAUGGAACAAGGCGUGUAUGGUGCGACUGUUGUGGAAUCUCUGCAAGAAAGAGGAUAGUGUAUGGGUGAAAUGGAUUCACACCUACUAUUUCAAAGAAGAGAGUGUCAUGGAUACCCCAACCAAAGAUUCUUUCUCUUGGAUUAUGAAAGAGAUUUUACAGGUUAGGGAUCAAGUGAAAAUGUUGGAUUGCUGGAAAUCAUUGGGGCAGAGGAAUGAUUGCAAAAUAAAGGAGUUUUACUUACAUUUCCUGGCUCAGUCAAACGAUGUUGAUUGGAAGGGGUUGCUCAUGGGGAACUAUGCUAGGCCUCGUGCGAAGAUGAUGCUUUGGUUGGCAUGCCACGGCAGGCUAGCUACAAAAGAUAGGCUAGUGAAAUUUGGUAUGAUAAAGGAGAAGCACUUGUAA